AUGGAUGUAAGAAAAAGGGGGGAAGAUAUAGAGACAAGCAUAAGCAAAGACCAUAAAACCCAUCAUGCAUUCAAGAGAAAAAAACCCACUGGAACUGAUGAAAACAGAGUAAUGGAAAACAAGAGCAUUAAAAUAGCGAGAAUGAAGGGCGGGAGGAAGAGGUCACGACAUGCUUCUACUAGUGAGGAUCCAGCGGAUCGACACGAGCGCUUGCAUGCUUCUACCAGGCGCGACGACCAUAUUGCAGCCACUCAGGCGGUAGAGGCUUCAGCUCCGUCUCCAUCCCCAUCUGCUACUCCGGUCGAGGCUCCGUUAGCUACCCCGGCUCCAUCUGCUACUCCGGAGGAGAUUGAUGCUGCUGAUGUUGUGCCAGAUGUGGUGCCAGAGGGCGGUGCAGAGGGCGGUGCGGAUGAAGACCUCAUCCAGAGGGUGGCACCGUUUCCCGGGGGGCCUGAGGAUCUGUCGCUUCUUGCGCAUUAUCCUGACCACAAGGCUCCUUGGACGUGGCAGGCACUUCUUCGCACAGACCCGCGGUACGUGGACCGUCGGACAUUGAGGGUGGCCACUGUUGGGGGGAAGGUAUGGAACCUCCCCUGUGAUGGCGAUUCAGAGGCCCACACACAUGUGCGACAGCUGCUGCAGCAGACGGGUUUGUAUCACCUGCCUUGGUGCGGGUUACCGGAGACAGACCCAGCUGUCGUACUGGCCCUUGUUGAGAGAUGGCAUGAGGAGACGAGUAGCUUCCACAUGCCGUUCGGGGAGAUGACUAUCACCCUGGACGAUGUGUCUGCUCUUCUCCAUCUUCCCACAGGGUCGAGGUUCUACACUCCGGGCAGAGGGGAGCGAGACGAGGUUGCAGCGCUCUGCGCCCAGCUCUUGGGAGGAUCUGUUGCUGCUUAUCUGGCUGAGUUUGAGGCGGCGGGUGGCCAGAACAUUCGGUUCAUUACUCUGAAGACCAUGUACACGUCUGCUAUGGAUGGGGGACGCUAUGAGGAUGCUGCUAGGAUCUGGCUGGUGAACCAGCUUGGUGCCACCCUCUUUGCCAGCAAGAGUGGUGGUUACCACACUACUGUCUACUGGAUCGGGAUGCUUGAGGACCUCGGUCGCGUGUCGGAGUACGCGUGGGGUGCGAUUGUGCUGGCUUCGUUGUACGAACAGCUGAGUCGUGCAUCCCGCAGGAAGACAGCGCAGAUCGGUGGGUUCACCUCCCUCGUGCUGUCAUGGGCGUAUGAGUACAUAUCCAGCAGCGUCAUUAUCAGGACGGAGGUCCCCGGCUAAACACAGGACCAGCCUAGGGCGCAGCGGUGGUCCACGUCUCGGAUCGCGCAUUCCGGACUCGAUGAGAGACGAGUCAUGCUCGAUGAGCUUACAGUGGAUGAUAUCAUAUGGACCCCUUUUGAGGACCAUCGAGAUGUUCGACCGCGGGAUCCCAGGGCCCUCUAUUCCGGCUACAUCCGGACACCUUACGGCCGGUCUGUGAGCCGACAUCUACCAGAGCGGGUUAUGCGUCAGUUUGGCUUCAUACAGGACAUCCCUCGACACCCCUCUGAGAUCCAGACGACGGGGUCCCUUGCUGAGACCACAGAUGCUGCCUAUGCUGAGUUUGAGCCGCACCUCCGCCCUCAGGGGAUACCUGCUACAUAUCCGGGAGAGGCGGUGGAGGGUUACAUGAGGUGGUAUAGCAGAGUGUCACAUGUGUUCAUCAUCCCUGAGGAUAGGAGGGAGGA